CCAGCCCACUGAGGACAAACUUGAAGAAGCAGAGCAGCAGAAAAAGCUCCGCAAGACAACAGUGCAGCUGCUCGGCGGCUUCCGAAGCUACACAGGCGGCGGAGCUUGUUGCGGAUUACCAUGAUUGCCACAACUCAACAAAACAUGACCACGGAGCUGGACCUGGGGAGUUCAGACGGUCCCCCGCGGAACUGGAAGGGCAUCGGGAUUGCGAUGGUGGUGAUCCUGGCUGUUAUGUCUCUGGUUAUUCUCUCUGUCAUCCUCCUCACGCCUGAUGAGUCUCACUUGUUACUCCGUUCCCGUCUCACCAUGGAGGAUCUGGAGAGGGAGGAGUUCAAAGUUCAUGACCCCUGUGUGGCAUGGCUGAAUGAAAAUGAAGUGGCUCUGCGCACCAGAGAGGGACAUGUCCUGUCUUUCAGCCUCACCAACAACCUGACCACCACUCUGCUGGACAACAGCUCCCUGGAUCUGACCACGACUAAAUUCCAAGUGUCUGCAGACAAGAGGUUUGUCCUGUUGGCGUAUAACAUUCAACUGGUGUUCUCUCAGUCCUUCACAGCCUCCUAUGCUAUCUACAAUGUGGCUAAUGGGGAUCUGCAGGAGCUUAACCCUCCGGAGAAGGAGAAGGCAGUGAUACAGUAUGCUUCCUGGGGACCUCAGGGGAACCAGCUGGCCUAUGUGUUUGACGGAGAUAUCUACUACAAGCCCAGUGUGACCAGCAAAUCACUGCGCCUCACAUCCACUGACCUGGAGCAGAAUGUGAUGAACGGACUCUCUGACUGGACCUACGAAGAGGAGGUGCUCUUGACAUAUGCAGCCCACUGGUGGUCUAUGGAUGGCGCCCGGCUUGCUUACCUCAGCAUCAAUAACUCUGCUACACCUGUGAUGGAAAUACCUCACUUCCUAGGUGGUCUCUACCCCUCCAACGUGUUCUUCCCCUACCCCAAGGCGGGCUCAAGUAUCCCAUCAGUCAGCCUGCUUGUGGUGAAUCUGUAUGGUCCGGCUCACACUCUGGAGAUGAUGCCUCCCGACUCCCUCAGGGCCAGAGACAGCUACAUCUCCAUGGUGACUUGGAUCAGCAGCACUCGGCUCGCGGUUCGUUGGCUGAACCGAGCUCAGAACCAAUCAGUGCUCUGCGUGUGCGAGGCCACCACAGGGGCAUGCUCAGAGAAACACAAAAUGACCAUGGACAUGAUGCAAAACCAGCGGCAGGACGUGCCACUGUUUUCAGCAGACAGCUCUGUUUUUUACACGAUCUUGCCAGCAAAACAAGGCGCUCGGGGAGAGUUUCACCACAUUGCUGGUCUUACAGCUCAGCCUGCCAUCCCCUCCGUCCCUCCUCGCUUCUUGACAUCGGGGAGCUGGGACGUCACCUCGCUCUGCGCUCUAGACGAGAAGGCUGGAAAAAUUUAUUUCCUGAGCACAGAGGAAUCCAGACAGAGCAGACAUCUCUACAGUGUGGACCUGGAUGGAGUGUUUCAGCGCCAGUGCAUCUCCUGUAACCUCGUAGACGGAUGUCGCUUCUUUAAAGCUAUUUUCAGCCCCAAUCAAACCCACUUCACUCUCUACUGCCUUGGCCCUGGAAUCCCUAAAGUGACAGUUCACAGUACAAAGGACCCCUCCAGAUAUGUCAUCUUGGAGGACAACAACCUUCUGUCUAAAGCUCUGGAGGACAAAAGUCUCCCUGAGACUCUCUUCAGGACGCUCCCAGCAGACAACCACGAUCUGCACCUGAAGCUAUCUCUACCUCAGGGUUACGAGGCCAACCUGCACCCUCUCCUCAUCAUUGUUGACGGCAUUCCUGGCAGCCAGUCUGUGACAGAGGAAUUUGCCCUCGACUGGCCUCAGGUCCUCUCCAGCACACACAGCGUGGCCUUGGCCUGGGUGGACGGCAGGAAUGGGGUCGGCCGCGGACAAAAGAUCACGGCUGUGGAUCCACGCAAGCUCGGCUCACUGAGAGUCAAAGAUUAUCUGGGAGUUGUCGAGCUGUUGAUGCAACUGCCUUAUAUUGAUGAUCGCCGGAUGGCCCUCUAUGGAAAGGCAUUUGGUGGUUAUUUGACUCUCAAAAUGUUAGCUACAACAGAUAAGUUGUUUCAGUGCACAGCCGCUGUGGCACCAAUAACAGACUUCAGGCUUUACAGUGCUGCCUUCUCAGAGAGGUAUCUUGGUCUUCCAGCAAAGGAGGAACACGCUUACUCGACCGCAUCGGUGCUGGAGGAGGUUAACAAGCUGAAAGAAGAGAACUUUCUUAUUCUACACGGAACUGCAGAUGCGAGGGUACAUUUCCAGCACAGUGCUGAGCUCUUGAGCCGACUGGUGAAGGUGGAGGCCAAUUACUCUCUCCAGCUGUACCCAGACGAGGGCCACAUCCUGAGAGAGCCCCGCAGCAUCCAGCACUUCCAGCGGACUGUGGUCAACUACCUCCAAACCUGCUUGAAGCACAGCGCUGUCCUAGAUCUCGUAGAGGACGAAGAGGAGGAAGACGACUGAACCCCGAGGUUCCCCUUCCCUUCUUCUGGAAGGACUCUCUUAGGACUGUAGGCCAUCUUAUGCAUUACCUUGGGUCGGAUAACCAGGCACAAGAGCACAGGAGUGGGGACCAAACACAUCAUAUCACCUCCUACAACUUCUGGAAAAAUUUAUGUACUGUAUAAGGUGUUGCACACAAUUAUUUCUGCUGUUUUAUCGUAUGUUCGAGGCCCUGUUUGUUUACAGAAUUCACAUGACAUGAUGUGAACUAGACGGCUACUGAUUCUGCCAAAAGUUUACAACGAUUUUAAAACAUGCAUGUCGUAAUGGCUGCAUGAUGUGGAUUAGUUUACAUUGCAUUUUGUGUGUUUUGCAGGUUUUAAAUAUCGUCUGUAGGGGUCAAAAGUGCAACAUGUGCCAAAAGCCGGGAACACACUUGCAGACUUUAAAAAAUACUUAACUGAUGUUUUCCAUCCAAUCCAAUCCAGCUUUAUUUAUAUAGCACUUUAAACAACCACAGAUUGAACCAAAGUGCUGUACAUCCAGAACAAGGCAAAUAAAAUCAGAAAUACACAAUAGAAGCACUAAAAACAAAUAAAAUACAAAAAUACACAAUAAAAGCACUAAAAACAAAUAAAAUCAGAGAUACACAAUAAAGGCACUAAAAACAAAUAAAAUCGGUGUCUCAUGCUGGAUCGAAAGCCAGGGAGUAAAAGUGUGUUUUAAGAUGAGUUUUAAAAAUGGAUAGUGAAGGGGCCUGUUUUGAUAAGACUUCGGCCUUACGCAUUUAAUGAUUGCAUAAAAUGCUUGACGUUUUCUUUCCGCAUUUAAUGAAUGAACCAGGAUCGCCUUCAGAGGCAGAUUCAAGUCUUAUGAAACCAAAACAUUUUGGACAGCUCUGACGGAACAGAUUCAAAUCCCAAACUCUACGAUACAAUGGAGACUGUCUCUAUUGGUUAAUGGCCAGGGCAUACCCAGCACAAUCAUGAAGAUGCAAUGGGGAAAUUGGAGUUUCUGUCUUUUUUACAGUGUGUUCCCGGCUAAAAUAAAGUUAAAUGAAGCAUAAGGAUCAUUCUAUAUGUGCCAAAUACAUUUUGUGGACUUUAUCCACUGUUUUUAUUUGCAUUGUGUGAUUAAGAAUGAAUAUGCAACUGAGACUAUUUACCACAAGCUCCAAUUCAAGAAUGAACAUCUACAUAGUUGUCUGUGUACUGUAUUUGAAAGUGCACAGUGUUUCUGUUUUGAUACAUCUUGACAUUUUCUUGUGUAUUGCAGAAUUAAAUUAUUUCUUUCGACAAACUGUUGAGCCAUUAUGUUAAAGUUUAGAAAGCUAGUGGGCCUGCCAUCAAACUAUCAAGCAUGCAUGCAGUUGGUUUGAAAAGAAUGCCACUGACUCCAGACAACUAGCUACUUCUUUUUCCAGCAGUCCCUGAAAAUAAAGUUUGAACAUCUUGUUA